GCAAACAAACAAAACUUUAAUUUGUAAUUUUCAUUGAUCUCGAAAUCUCAUGAAGAGGUUUAGAAGCCAUUCUGUAAUUAACAAAAGUUUAGGGACUAGAUUUUACAAAAGGUUAAAGCUUUGAACUACAAGGUCUACAACAGCCACUGAGUGAUAAUUGCCCCGUUUCUUAUCCAAAACAUUAUUUUGUUCGUCGCGCGAAAUUCAAAGGAUACCGGUAAGCAAAUUCAUACAACCUCUCAUUUCUUCACAUUUCCGAGUUUCUAUUGAUAUAAUUUUCCCAAGUUUAUAUGCUCAUUCACGGUCUGCAUUAUCUUCUUUUUUUUUGGUGUAGUUACUGAUCAUAAUUCAUAAGUAGUGAAUGUUAAACUGCUGUCGCAGCUAGGUUGUUUAAUUUUUUUUUUUGGAUGAAUCAGUGAGGAAAUAUUUUUCUAUUUUUGUUCAAUUUGUCAACUGUUGAUGAAGAAAGCAGGCUUGUUGAGUGUCUCUGGAUUUAUUACUAUAUAAUACUACUACUUAAUUGCAGUAGUAUUGAUUGGAAGAUUUGAGAGUUGAGAUUUUGAAAUUGCUAAUUAACGAUUGAUCUAUUGCUGUAAGUUUCGACAACUUUUAAUUUUUCUGUAUUCAAGCUCGUGGUUUUGAGCUACUGAUUGCAAUGAUUUUAUGGAUUGAAACUAUGUUAACUUUUCAUUAGCUUGGAAACCUGUUAUCAGAACUGAGUCUUCGGAAAGGAUUCACUCGAAACCAAUACGAUCGAAGAUUUUGAAAUGGUAUACUUUUUUCUUCAGGGAUUUCUUGUAGACGCAUUCGUCUUCGGGCAACUGCUAUGUCAAGAAAAGCUGAUAAUUGCUUAUAGUGGAGUCUAGUUACAAAAGUUAUGAAGGAAAUGACGUUUUUUAGACUCUAACCUUUUCUAGGUUCGUGACGAUUAAAAGAUCAUACCACAAGAAAGUGAAAUUUAAAUUAUAAGAUGAUCUUUAGUAUUGCACAUUGAUAAAGUUGAUAUCGGAGUCCAACUCUUGAAUGGCAGUUGCUUAAAGGAUAUAAUUUCGAAAAAUAUAAACAAUUCAUGUCAGUCUUUACUAUAUAGCGAGAUAGACUUGUAUAAAUAUUCAAUUGACGAUAAUUGAUAUUUCUCCAACUUGUGCUAAUGGAACAAUAAUUCUGCUGUUGGCCUACAUAGAGGAAAAACAUCAAACUUUAGCAUUCAGAGUGUCUCCAUCUGUUAACUCCAUUUUUUUUGUAGGAAAAGUAAUGCUAGGGUUAUAUGAGCAAAUGCAGUUUUCUUUGACUAACAUCCACAACAAUUGUUGCAAAAUUCAGAAGAGCGCCUACGAGUCUGACAUCUCACAUUGAUGCUAAUUUUAACUUUUUUCUGGCAUUUCAUUGUUUGUAAACCUGUACUUUCAUCCCUACAAAUGAAUUCUUUUUGGCAAACUUUGGAUCUUUGUUAACAGACUAUCUGCUGAGGUUGAUGGUUGCUGUCUGGAUGACAGUUAUAGCUCGCAAUAUGAUCCAGAAUAUGAAGCUUUGAUCGGGAACUGAUGUCAUAUAAAAUUUAGUGCAUUUUGCAUCGAUACCUUCUAAACCUGCAUGUAUGGUGCAGACUCUGUUAACAUUUUCAGCUCCAUUUUAUCAUGCAAAAUCUUGGUUUAGUUCAUCAGAAAGCCCCGAUCAAGUUUAUGAGAAAAAUCAAUGGACAAAUCGCUUUUGGCUGUUCCGUGGUAUAUAGAAGCUUGUUUCAGGUUAAAGGUAACUCGGUUGAUUUGAAGGCAAUGACUAUAUGCCAAACUGGGAAUUCCUUAGGUACUAGAAGGAAAACUUCUUAUAUAAAUUCAUCUAAACUCAAGGGUAUGCUGGAUGAUAAUGUUGAAGAAUUAUCUGAUGUUGAUGAUGAUGAUGAGCUCUGUCCAGUUGACUGUGUAAGAGAGUUUCAGACUGAUGAAGAAUUCUUAAUGAUUCUGGAGAAAGCUAAAGAAACAAAUGCAUUAGUUGUUGUGGAUUUUUAUCGAACUUCCUGUGGAAGCUGCAAAUAUAUAGAACAGGGCUUUGCAAAGAUAUGCAAGGGAUCUGGUGAUCAAGAUGCUCCCGUUAUUUUUCUGAAGCACAAUGUAAUUGAUGAGUAUGAUGAACAAUCUGAGGUUGCUGACCGUCUCCGAAUUAGGACUGUUCCACUUUUUCAUUUCUACAAAAACGGUGUCCUUCUGGAAGCGUUUGCAACCAGAGACAAGGAGCGAAUACUCACAGCCAUUCUCAAGUACACAGGUUCUGCUCCUCAAGAAGUCAAUUCAGUUUUAUGAUGUUUAUAAAUUUUUUCUUGUAUUACUACUAUAGGACUUAGCGAUGCUCGUGCACAGACCAGUCACUACAUUUGUAAACUUAUUAACUCAGAGCAGAAAAGUUGUGCUUGAUAUAUCAUACUAUUUGUGAGUUGUUGAAGCCAUUCAUUGUACCAUUGAAACACCAGAUUACAGCAAAUUUCACCUUUGUUUCAGUGAAUAA